AUGGAAUUCGAAAAACAACAAAAUAAAAUAUCAGAUUUUUCUUCUCCAUCCUAUGUACCAAGGUCGAUUGUACUUGAUAUUAUAAAUAGUAUCGUUGAUACCAUUCCAAAAUUUAAAGAAAGAAAUCAUUUUUUCUCACAUUCAUCCAAAAGAGAGGAAGAAAAUAACCAAAAAUCAAUACAAUACCACUCAAAUAGAAUAAUAGUAAAAGAUUUAUUAAAUAUAAAUAACGAAAAUAUAAAUAAUGAUAAAAUAAUUUAUAAAAAUAUAAUCAAAAAUAAUAAUAAUAAUAAUAAUAAUAAUAAUAAUAAUAAUAAUAAUAACAAUAUAGAUAGUAAUAAUAAUGAAAUUUAUAUUUGGCAAUUAAAAGUUUUAAAACAAAGAAAGAAUGAUAGUUGCGAGAAUGCAAAAACCAAGAAAAGAAAGUUAUAUCCAUGGAGCGAAAAGUAUAUAUUAAAAGGUGUAUUGGAAAGAACAUAUAUAGAUUAUUUAUUUGAAAGUAAAAAUAUGAUAAGCGAACAACACUAUCCCAUUACAGUGCUUCCAGAUUGGGCAAUUCAGUCAUUAAAGAACAACAGAUUACCAAUUGAAGAAAUAGGAGAAAUGGAAAGAAUAUCGCAAUUGUUCAAGAAAAAUAAUAACUACACCCAUGUAUUUAUGAUAGGCCAAGCUGUUCAUUGGAUGACCAUUGUAAUCAAUAAAGUUGGUUCCCACUCAGAGCUUAUUCUCAUCGAUAGCAGAAACCAUGACCUUUUAGGUUCAACAGACGAACAAAUUAUGCAACUUGUAAAUAAACACCCAGAACUAUCUGAACAUAUGAGAAAAAGUUAUUUAUUCUCUUUAAGUGAACCAAAGAUAAUGGUAGAUAUACUCAGAGAUUGCAUGUUGGGUGAUGGUGAUAUAACUAAAACCUUACUCGAAUUAAAUUUAAGAGGUUUCCUUGAGAAUUAUUACGCCCAUGUAAAUAAUAAUAAUAAUAAUAAUAAUAAUAAUAAUAAUAAUAAUAAUAAUAAUAAUAAUAAUAAUAAUAAUAAUAUAAAUAAUAGUAAUAAUAAUAAUAAUAUGAAUAAUAAUAGUUUAAUAAAUAAUUGUAAUAAUAAUAACAAUAUUGCAAAUAUAAUAAAUAAUAUAAAUAAUAAUUGUAUACUAUAUAAUCCAGCAUCAACUAUUCAACAACAAUUAAUUUAUUGGUUAGAAAACUAUUGGCCACCAUCAGUAAUCGAAUACAAUAUUUGCCAAGUUUUAGAUAUAAUAUUAACAUCAAAAGAAGAUAUCGAUAAAUAUUUAGAGUGUCAUAUUUUAGAGUCAUUAUCGAUAUGGAUCAAAUCAACCUCGGACCAUUUAAAGAAUCAUUCAGAUAUUAAAUUAAUUCAAAGAUUUUCAAUUACAAUGGGUUGGUUUCAUAACAAAUUUCAUAUGACAUUUCAAUAA